GCGCCAGGAGGGCAGCCGAAAAGUCGGUCGGGUUUUCAUGACAUCGCGGCUACUACGUUUUACGGCCGACAGCACGGAACGGCCCGUUAUCCGCAAAUGACCCGGGAACUUCCGAGCCGGCGUGACACUUCCUCGAGCGAAACAUCGCAAAGUGGCGGAUCGCCGAUCCCGAAACUCCGAAUUUCAAAAUGUUUCGCGCAAAUUAUCCCACGAAGAAAACGUCACCCUCACGAAUAUUAUUAAAUCAUUAGCGAACCAGUAAACGACAACUGUGCGAGUGCGGCCUCGUGAAACUGCGCGCGAAACACGAAACUUCAGCGACGGGUGUUUCCGCGUGUUCUUCUUGUCGGAAUUUCCAGCAUCGCAUCGAGGUGUUGUCAGUUCUCGCGAGGCAGUUCGUGCAUGCGGACAUCCCGCGGCGUGUAUACACGGCAUUCGUGUAUACAGGCGGGUUAUAUAGGUAUAUCGAAAUGUGCCGGCAGGUGUGCACACACAGAACAUUCGAUAAUGCGAGCCCGGGCGAGGGUGGCCGCAUGCCGAGGGCCGAGCACGCCAGUCCGUGCUCAGACGUGACUCGCGACGCAACCCUCAUUUUUUGACCGCCCCGUAUACCAUUCGGUUUUCCGUCACGAUAUCGAGACUGGUUUUAUUGGUGGCGACGUAACGUAAGACCCAUCGCGCCGAUGUCGCUCUCGUGCGAGCCGUCCGAUACGUCGAUCAACUGUCGACAUUGACAAAAACCAAUAAAAGUUAAUAGAAGCGCGGUAUCCGACUGGAUCGAGAAGUGUCUUCUCCGCUGGCAAACAAAGGGACAAGUGGAUCAAGCGGAUCGAGAGGAAGCCGGGGCGAUGACGGGCGGUGGGAACGACAGACGAGGCUCGAGCUGCAUCGCACGAUGAAGAUGCCGCGCCUGCGAGCGUUCGCGUCGAGCGCGUCGAGAAAAGAAAAAGCGCAGCCGCGGUUCAAGGUCGCUCGUCUGGACCAACUUCGGCGCACGGUUGUAGCCGCGAUAAAAAGAAGAGGGAUGAUCGAUGAGGAGGUGCCGGGACUCUACAUUCGGCGCCUGACGCUCGAGGAUCCCAGGAGGAGGGAACCGUCCGGUUCAAGGUCGCAGUCGCCGGCGCGCCAUAUCUGUCAUCCUCGCAGCAGCUACGCGCCCUCCGCGCGGGGAUCCUCGAGUUAUAGAUCUUGGCUGGAAAGGAUCCGAAAGGAAAAUCCAGCUUUCUUGACGAUAGUGUCGCUGGAACUUCCAGAAUCGCCGAUUCCGCUAAUAGAGUCCCAAGCAAACGCACGUUGGCGACGUGGAAAUUUUAAUGAAGUUAUCAGCGACAAAGACGACAUUCUGGACGAAUUUCUGGAGAAAGUCACGGAGGCUGGAAAAGAAAAGGAAAAGAAAAGUCGCGUAGGAAAAAGCAAUUUAUUUCGACGAAGAAGUCAGCGCAACAACAGAAAGAACGACGACGGCGACUCGUCGGAAUGUACGAAAGCGCUCGCCACCUUCGAGGAAUGCACAAGGAACAUUAUCGAAGGUCGGAGCCGUGAAAGACCGAGUUGGCGAGACGACAUCAGCGAUGACUGCAUAUGUUCCGAGAUCCCGAAGGAUCUACGGGUUAACAUUCACAGGAGAACGGAAGUCAUGCGGCCACCGAGCAGUCCAAGCCCGGAAGUGACUCACACCAUUCGGAUCGCGAUGAAGUACGGUCGUCCGAGUUGCAAAGGCGAAGACGACGAGAGUCUAGAAGAGGACGAAGAAGACGGAGCGGAAGAGGACGCGGAGCAGACAGCGACGAGGACGAAGAACGAGGGGAGCAAGAAGGAUCUUCAAGGUCCGCCGAACGCGAGGAGGGAACCGGCGAAGCAGGACGCUCGCUGUGUCACCGCUGGUGUGAACGCCGCGUUAGACUUGACGCUAAAUUGCAAUAGCGUGCGACUGACUUCUCGUGACGCGAGUCUGAGGACCGCAACGACGAGGAGCGAGAGGUAGAAAACGGCCGGAAACGCGAAGUUAAUUCGCAUGGGUCCCCUCUCGAAAGGUGUCCCGCUCGUAAUCUGUGACCCCGUCCCCGAUGAAUGAUUCGCGGCUUUAAAUAAACAUCGUGAAGCAUA